CUCCUCUAACCCAGGGCAGCAGAGAGGUGCUGAUGUCUCUGUUCCUGUCGCUGUCCUAUCAAUAAAAUGCUCCAACACUGCACAGCCUCAGGGGAAGCACAGACAGCAAAUCCCUGCCCAGCCCUGAGCAGCAGGGCCAGUGCGUUUCAGCCUCCUCGUGGGGUUGUACGACCACGGCAGCUGCGUGCCACAGCCCAGACACACGGGGCCAUGCAGUCCCACCAGGCACAACCCAAACCUUGCUGCCUCCUUUGCUGCGAGCAUGCAGCCCGCUCCCAGCCGAUGGCAUUAUGGUGGCUCUGAGGAGCCUCAGCCACCACCUUUUGCUCUUGUUUUGCUCUCACUGCUCCCUGGGGAGGCUGCAUCACAGUAAAUUGGUCCAGGUUGCGUAGGAGGAAGUGUUUGCUUUUGUUAGACCAGCUGAUAGAGAAGACGAAACAUAGCUGAGCCGUUGGGCACGUGAGCCAAGAGAUGACCACAGCAGGGGGGCUGUGUUCCAAGGCACCGGGAGAGUUUGCGCACCUCCGCUUGGUAUUUCUGCUCUCAGGGUGGUGACAGAGCCCAAUGUGGGUCGGGAGAGUCCCUGGAGCAAGCGGAACGGGCAUGGAGAGCACGUUCCUGUGAUUAAAAGUGAUUCUUAUGUGGAGGAAGUUGCCCCCUCGCCCCAGCCUGGGUGUUCACACUCUGCCCUUGCCCAGGGGCUCAGCCUCACGCCAGGGCAGCUCGGUGGGAAGGCACGGGGAGCACUUUGCCCCCUGCCCCACAGGGGCUGUGUCCUCCAGCAGGUGGGCUCCUCUCCUGCCUCCGAGCACAGCAGGUAAUGGACCUGGGGGGCUGACUUGGGCAGCCGAGAGGCUGGGGGCAACCCCGUGCCGUUGCUUUGAGCAGACCCCAGCAUGACGGGCACCUGCGGCCUCCCCGUGCCCUGGGCUUGGUCCCAAACGGACGUGACCUGGUGGGACAAAGCCACGCUGAGGGCUGUUGGCGGAGCUGUUUCACACCGUCCUGCGCGUAGCGUGCGGGCAGCUCCUCCCUGCGAGGUGGGAGGCCGGGUGCUGCUCACAGGCCUCCUCCUGUCUUGUCUGCUGGAGUGUGCCCGGGCUGGGCAUGGCGCUCGCCCUCGCCCUCCUGCCGCUGCUGCUCCUGCCCUGGGGUAAGUGCCUGCUCUGUCCCCUCGCCCUGCUGGGAGGCACUGGGACUGAACCGCCUCAGUCCCACCCUGGUUUGAGAUUUUUUGGGUGGGUGUGCUUGGGAAGCCUUACUCCCUCGUGCUGCUUGUUGUCCCCAGUCACACUUGGCCUCCCCAGAGACCCUUGAAAUUGAGGGAAUCGAUCAAACAGCUCCCGAUGUCUUCUGCAAAAGUGCCUGGGUGCUGAACUGGAGCCAGAAAUACUAGCUCAGAGGCACGGUGUAAGGAACCUGAGUGCAUCCGUUUGUUGAUCAAGAUAUAAUGUGCUGAUAGCUAAAAAUAAUAAGCCUGCUAGGUUUUGACAGUUGCUGGUGUGAAGCCUUCGCUGCCGCUUCCCCAUCGCAUAUUUCAGUUGAUGAAGUCUUACCUUCUGCAGGGUACUGGGAGUACUGGGGACUCCCAUGGGUUUAGGAUUCACUGGGCAUGCAGAUGAGCCCCAGGCUUCCUGCGGCUCUGUCUGGAGCUAGGGAUAGGUUUAGGGAGGGAGAAGUUGGUUGGGGCAUCCUUGUGCCCCCCAAAGAGAUGGAAGUGGUGGGGCAGCUGUCGGGCCCUCGCCUGGGGCGUUUGCUCUGUGCUCAAUACCUGAAGGCAGCGCAGUGGUGCAGGAUGGAGCCAGUGAGCCUGCUGCUUGCCUGGGAGCAGGAGUCAGGGCUCUCCUCCAGCUCCUUUCACCUUUCAGGUGCGGGGACUCUUGGACAUCCUCAGAGUCAAGUGGUUCUCGUGACCGAAGGGGAGCCUGUGGUGAUGGAGUGUCCUUUCCACAACGGCAGCAGUGAUUCCUUCGAUGAGUUCAUCUGGAGCCAUAGGAACAUCUCGAGAAGGAUCCUGCAGUUUAGGAUGACGCGGCCCAAUGCCUCCUGUGUGCAUCGCAGUGAAGGUCACUUCAGCGGCACUGUGGAUUUUGCAAGGAGCGUGAGCUUUCUCAACAUCUCAGAGGUGCUUAUGAACGACACUGGCCCUUACUACUGCUAUGUGAAGAUAGGGAACAGCAACCCGACCGAAAAGGUGACUCACCUGCUCGUUAGAGGUCGGCAGCCAUGGGCAGCCUCUGGGGGCCUCAGCUUCUCUGUACCUCCAGGAGGCAAAGUCACCUUGGACUGUGACUUCCCUGCCAAGCUGCCUGGCAGCUUCACCUACCUCUUUUGGCUGCACGAGCAAGACCAGAGCCCACCCCGACUCGUGGCAUGGACAAACACAUCCAGUUUCCAGAACAACAGUGGCAGCACUGGAAGUCGUUUCCAGAGCAUAUUUGACCUGGAAAAUCACUGGAGCCAUCUCAACAUUACCGGGCUGGAAGAGAAGGACAGCGGCUGGUACCAGUGUGAGGGCCUGGGAGAGCUUUCAGGCUGGCAGAGAGGGACGAGAACCCACCUCGCUGUGCAAGGCUCCUCGGCUGUCCUGCUGGUCAUUUUGUGGAGUGUUGAGUUUGCCAUCAUGGCUCUGUGCUCGUACUUUGUGUACAAGCACCACAAGAAGCUGAGGAGGCAGCGCACCGUGCAGGACGCUUCGGAUCCCUGCCACAGGCCUGCAGAGGACAGCAUGAGGCAGCCCACAGGCGGGGAAGCUGUCAGUGCCAGCGCUGGCAGCAAGGCAGAGUGCAGGCUCCUCACUUUCCCGGGAAGGAACACCGCUGCAGGGGACUGGGGACAAUGAUGACAGCCCAAGAAAGCCCAGUGGGAGUCGUGCUGGGCUUCCUGUACUCAUGGCACUGUGGAUAGUUCCCCUCCACUGUGUAUCAUGCAAAGAUCCCUAGCAAAGCCUUCUCUCCCUUGAUGGUUGUUUUUUGUAUUCAAUUAAAGCCUCUUGAGGACAGACUGUGUACAUUCAGUCUCUGCUCUACCUGGCUGCUCUGGCUGCCUGUGGAGCUGGCUUUCAGCUGCUCUGUGUCCAGCCUGGCUCAGCCCAACCCUUGUACCAUCCUCUGGGGCUGAUGCUACCCACCAGGCACAGCCACAUCCUCCUCCCGUGGAGGAAAAGCCUGGCAGCUCUGCAGGGUGAAGCAAGGCCUGCAUGGGGACCCCUCUAACCCAGGGCAGCAGAGAGGUGCUGAUGUCUCUGUUCCUGUGCUGUCCUAUCAAUAAAAUGCUCCAACACUGCACAGCCUCAGGGGAAGCAC